UGCACAAUCGCCCUUUGGGAAACAAACACACUUUUUGCUUUUUGUUCAACAAGCGCCUAGCGAACCAGACGACAAGACGAGACCAGCAGACCCAGGCCGCCAGCCAGCCGACCCAACCCAGCCGCUGUGCUGUGCUAUGCUGUGCUCGUUACCCCUGUGCCGCCGACUGUACCAGCAGGUGGCUUGUCUCUCUCUUGUCUCUCGCCUACUGAGGUCGCCGACCCCCAAACCAUCGAGGAUGAUAGUAAACGCCCCCAAUACUGUCUACCCCCCUUGGUUCAGCAGUCUCGACCGCCAAACUCUCUCGCACUCUGCCACACACCGACGCCCACGCGCCGUCAGACAAAGUCAAGCUCGACGUAUGCUGGCUCGCUCGAUAGACGCCCUCACCGCUCUUCACGCCCCCAAUCACACGAUCGACGCACAAACACACAGACACCACCACACCGCACCGGAUGCCUAUUCCCUUGGCCGCUUGUUUAUUGGCUAAGCUGACAUCCGCCCAAAAGCCUCAAAUCACGACGCUAAUAGCCUGU